AUGGCGUGCAACAUCAGCAUGACUCUCUACGUGAUCUCCCAGUUCCUCGCGUUUCUCUUUGUGCUGGUGGCUACGCCGAUCGACAUGUUUUACGUGAAGGAACUCGGGAGAUUUAGCAACGCACAGUGCCUGACAUUGUGGGGCGGAAAGGAGCAGUGCUACAGCUCAACGUACGACGUGUCGUAUGAUGAGUUGUGGGAGAACUGCCCUCACCGCCGCCUGCAGUUCCGGGUUGCUGCGACGCUCGCAGUCAUUUCCAUUUUCGUGUACGGCUUGGCUUUCAUCCUCGGCUUCAUUACGUUAUGCUGCUGCAUUUGCCUCCGCUGGGUUUGCCUGAUGCUCAACAUCAUUGGCAUCGGCACCGUGGGCGCGGUCUGGGCGCUCAUGGUGGUCAUCUACUACAAUGACGACGGCCUAUUUUGCCCGAGGGUGAGCAGCCGCUUCGAUUUUGGUGUCGGUUUUGCUCUCCUCGUGGUGGCCUGGUGCCUGAAUAUCAUCAACAUCCUGUUCCUGCUGCUAGAGUGCCAGGCUGAGGACGCAGGCAAUGAGGCACUCCGCGCCCAAGAUGCAAAGCAGCAGUAG